AUGGCGUCCUCGAACGAAGCGAGAGUUGCCCAUGUAAAAGUUAGUGAAAACCGCGAUUAUGAUGACGAAUACUGCGGCUCCAGCAGCUUGGAAGAUGCCGGCGAAAGUGCUAAACGUCGUCGUGUGGCAUACGACUGUAAAAAACCGUCUCACCAGAGAUUCGAGACAAGUAUGUCAACCGAUUCUAAACAUACACCUUCAUUAGAAUCCAAAGGCAAAAAAAGAAAACUCAGCGAAUCAAAAGAUCUCUGCUUAUGGGGCGAAAACUCGAGACCUUCAAAGCUAAGCAAGAUAUGGCCAGUCUUCGAUUCCGGAGGGUUUGGAGACGCCGCCAUCCUCAAGCUCCACGUGAUGCAGAAGUCCCCUCCAUUGAGGAACCCUCUGCUCUUUCAAAACUUCAAUCAGGGGUUCAAUUUGGCAGAAAUUCAUCAGGAUCCAUUGAAAAGAGACUGGUUCGGAGGUCUCAACGCUUGGUGGACACAAACCCAGAUGGUCAAUAAGAUGUCAGACGAUGACGUUACCAAGAAAAUAUUAACUUCAGUGUCCCGCCAACUAAGGAUCAUUAACACACAUUUUCAAAGAUCCAUGUUCAAAUACAAAUACCCAAGAGUUACGAGGUCGAACGUUCUUAUAGAAAGUUGUGGAAUGCGAAGACCGGCUACUACUCAUUUAGACAUGGCUUUGAAAGCAUUAAGGUUCCAAGCAAGUCCUAGAAGACAACUUCCUUGCUAUGGUAAUCUGGAAUUGCCGUUUAAGAUCAAGCAAGAGAAUGUGAACUCUCAUGUGUUUUCAGCCAUCAGUAGAAGUGAGAAUACUGAGAAAGUGAGUGAAGUUAAAGUUAAACUUGAAAACGAUAGAGUGAAGGUGGAGAAAGAAAGGGAGAAGGAGAAGGAGCGGGAGAGAGACAGGUCUCACUCUUCUCGCCACUCAUCGUCGUCCUCCUGCCACCACUGUCGGCGGCGCGCCCGCAUCAAGCGCUGCUCCAUCGGCGUGCAGUGCCGCCGGGACCGCGCCGGCCCCGCCCUACCGCAGGACAGCUGGGGACCGCUGGCUGUCAACCCUACUGUUAAAGGCCUCAAGUUUCACAGACUGAUGCGUGUGGAAACCCAUCCUAAUGGAGGAGCGAGCGUCGUGUACUUGCACCAGCGGGACGUGGACAUGCUCAACGCCCAACAGCAGGAAUCACUCGCAAAGGAGUUUCUUAAGCUGGUGUUCUCGGAGGACUCCGAGGGCUGGGCGCACUUCGUGUGCGGCGUGGUGCGUGGCGCGGCGGGGCGGUUCCCGUGCCUGCUGCAGUACCUCGCCGACGCGCACCCCAACCUCACCGUCAAGGCCGGCGUGCUGGCGCGCGCCUCCGACAUCGAGACCACCACCGUCAGCCGCUACUACCAGCAGGUACAACAGUCGUACGCGGCGGGCACGUUCCGCAGCGGGCCGCUGCACCAGAUCUCGCUGGUGGGCACCGUGCACGAGGAGGUGGGCGGAUACUUCCCCGACAUGUUAGACAUGCUCGCCCAGUGCCCGUUCCUCAACAUGACAAUGCCGUGGGGACCCAUGUCCGCCGUAGAGAUGGAACCUCAGGAGUCCAACGACGGUCCAAUUCUGUGGAUCAGACCGGGGGAACAAUUGGUGCCUACCGCAGAACUUGGCAAGAGUCCUAUCAAGAAAAGAAGGACGGGUAUCAACGAGCUGCGCAACCUGCAGUACCUGCCGCGCUGGAGCGAGGCGCGCGAGUUCCUGUUCGAGGACCGCACGCGCGCGCACGCAGACCACGUGGGCCACGGGCUCGACCGCAUCACCACCGCCGCCGUCGGUGUCCUAAAAGCGAUCCACUGCGGCGACGAGUCGGACCGCGGGCGCAUCACCAAGGACGUGGUGGCCUUCCACGCCGGGGACUUCAACAAGCUCGUGCAGCUUCUGGGCCUUGACUUGUACGAGCCGCCCAUCUCGCAGUGUGUCACCUGGUUGGAGGAAGCGAAGUUGAACCAGUUACGUCGCGAAGGUGUUAGAUAUUCAAGACUGCCACUGUGCUCCGAUGACAUCUACUUCUUGCCAAGGAAUAUCAUUCAUCAGUUCAGAACUGUGUCUGCUGUCACUUCAGUUGCGUGGCACCUGCGCCUGAAGCAGUACUACCCCAGCUCGUCCGCGUCCUCGCCCGCCGACGAGCGGCCCGCGCCCGACCCCGCGCCCGCCCCGCACCCGCCCCAAGAAUCGAAACCGUCGAAGACGUCAAAACAUAAAGUGGGUGUGAUUGAAAUGAGAGCUCUGAGUGCGAAAUUACAUCAAAAAUUAGAAAAAACUGCACUGAAAAUAGAACGAAAUAGAAAAAGCGUAGAAGUGCAAACGAAAUCAGAAAAAGAAAAGAAAACAGAUUCAAAGUCAGAAAAAGUAGAUGAACCUGAGUCAAAGUCUGAUAAAACAGAGUCUAAACUUGAUAAACAGGAAAUUAAGUCUGACAAGUUAGAUAUUAAAGCUGAAAAGUCCGAAUCUAAAUCUGAUAAAUCGGACAAGUUAGAUUCUAAGUCUAAUAAAUUGGAUGUUAGGUCUGACAAAGAUUCUAAGUCGGAAAAGAUUGAAGUGAAGACGCCAGUUAAAUUGGAUCCCAGAUCUGAUAGAAUUGAUUAUAAUAAAAGUGAGUAUACGCCUGAAAAAUUGCAUACGAAGUUCGAUAGACUAGAUUCGAAGACAGAAAAAACGGACCAAUUGUCAGAAAAAUCAGACAAAAAUGAGUCAAAGUCAGAUAAAGCAGAAUCUAAGUAUAAUGAUAAAACAGAUCUAAGACUAGAAAAAGCUGACAAAGAAAAAUCAGAACAUAAAUACGAAAGGGAAAAAUCUGACAAAUCUGAUAAAAUUGAAAGCAAAUCUGACAAACUUGAGAGUAAAUCUGACAAAUUAGAUUCAAAGUCAGACAAAAUAGAGGCAUCUGACAAAAAUCACAGGCAUAAAGAUGACAAGCAUCGCUCCGAUCGGUCAGAGCGCUCCGAUAGACAUGAUCACCACAGACGUCAUUCAUCAUCGCGUCACAAAUCUUCACACCACAAGUCAGAGAAGCAAAGAGACCACAAGAAAGAACACAGAACGUCAGAUGAUCGAAAAUAUGACAAGGUAAAACAUAGGUCAGAAAAAUCUGACAGUAGGGACAAAGUGGCCGUUGAGAGUGGUAAAAUACCACAGAUGGUGGUCCACCGACCACCGGAUUAG